GUUAGUUUGAGACCGACUCUGCAAGUGAGAAAGUGGGGAGCGACGGCCGACUUCUCCUUAAGCCAACGGUGCUUUUGCCUGAAAAAGUAGUCAUCUAUAGAUCCCAAAAAGGAAAUGGAGACGAUGGUAAAGGUGGGUCCUCGUAUGUUUAUCGGAUUGGGGACUCCCUGGGAUGACAAAGGCCAAAGCAUGCUUACCCAUAUCUUCAUAUCCUAUGACUGUAAAAGGGUAUAUUCCAUACAGACUGCAUAUAUUCUGGAUGGGAAAGUGCAACUAUCUGAUAGACAUGGUGGAGAUGGAUUUAUGUUCAAAACGGUUGAGAUAGAUUAUCCUUCUGAGUUUCUUACUGGUAUUUCUGGUUACGGAGAUAAUGAGUCAGGUGAUUGUAUGAUGAAGUCUUUGACGUUUGAAACCAACAGGAGAAAGUUUGGGCCGUUUGGGACAGAGAAAGGCCAUCACUUCUGCAUUCAGAUGGGUACUAAGCAGCGAUUAUUUGCAGGAUUUCAUGGAACUUCAAACUCGAAGUAUCUCUACUCAAUUGGAGUUUAUGUGAAGCCUAUCAAUCCGUUGGAGGAUACUGAAUUAUGUACUUCAACCGCUUCUACUAUUGUUAAAAAGGAGCAACUUAGUGCAUAAGGCUCCCGCUAAAAUUUGAGGGUGGUUCAUGAGUAGCAGGGGAUCUUACCAUAUCAUAGUGGUCAAAAGGUUGCACAACUAGGUAUAUGGCAUUCUAUAAAUAGAGAUUUUAUUGUGAGUGAGAAGACGAAUGAACCAAUGUAAAAUAGUAGUGAAAUUAUCAGCUUCUGCUUCUGUGUGCUGUA